UUUUUUCGCUAUAAAUUGCCGGCAUGCUUUAGGGAUCAGCAUCAGUUUCAACGUCUAGCUCGUCCAGUACAGUCGUAGUCGUAGCUAUCCAUCCAACAUGAAAUUCCUGAUUGUGUUCGCUCUGUUCGCCUGUGCGGCAGCCGAUGUCAGCCACUUGGUGCCCAGCAAUGAUUAUCUGCCCCCUGUGCAACAGUCGUACUCAACUCCAUCGGUGAGCUAUUCGUCCGGUGGUGGCAGCUACUCGACGGGUAGCACCUCCUACGUGGCUCCUGCUGUCAACUACCGCCCACCCACAAACGAAUACCUGCCCCCUGUGCAGCAGCAGGUUUACACCGCUCCGGCCGUACAGCAGCAGGUUUACACCGCUCCGGCCGUACAGCAGUCCUACUCUGCUCAAGCUGUGAACUACGCUGUCCCAGCUGUUCAGCAGACCUACUCGGCUCCAUCCUACCAACAGUCGUACUCUGUCCCAGCUGUCCAGCAGACCUACUCUGCCCCAGCCUACCAGCAGACCUACACCGUCCCAGCUGUCCAGCAGACCUACUCUGCCCCAGCCUACCAGCAGACCUACUCCGUCCCAGCUGUCCAGCAGACCUACACCGCACCAUCGGUUUCCUACUCUGCCCCCUCUUACCAGCAGACCUACAGCACUGGAUUGAGCGCUGGUAGCUACUCGACUGGUGAUGUCGGCACCCAGUACGCCGCCAACGGUGGCUAUGUCUACAAGAAGAAGUAAGACGUUGCAAACUGUUCACCAAAUCGAAUCAACAAUAGUGUAAAUAGCCCAUAAUGUGCUUUUUGCACCAUAAAUUCUAUUCAUUUUUUUUUUUUUUUACCAACCUGUGUGUAUAUAAUUAUUAAAAAAAAAAAAAAAACACAA